AUGUCGACAAUGCUGCCUCAAAAUCUGUCUCUGCCCUUUGACAAUAUCACAGCAAUAGUCGUUGUGGCCGCCGCAAUCUCUACUAUUAUACUUUACAAUGUGUUUACUAAUCCCUUGUCUCGACUACCGGGUCCUUGGUAUACGAAAUGGACAUCGGGUGUCCUAAAGUAUAGCAUUAUCAAAGGAAGGAGAGCUUUGUAUGUUCACGACCUCCACUGCAAAUAUGGUUCGAUUGUCAGAGUUAGCCCGACUGAAGUCCAUGUUUCCGAUAUUGCAGCCACGAGAAAGAUUCAUAAUGUCAAGAGUUCUUUCAAAAAGUCGCCUUGGUAUAGGUCGUUCACACCUCCAAAUGUCUUGAAUGUAUUCAAUACUAGCGAUAUUGAACUUCAUCGACAUCUCCGACGCCUUCUUUCAUUGCCCAUGUCGGAAUCAUCGCUUAAACAUGUAGAAGUUUUCAUUCGUCGGAAUAUAGACCUCGCAGUGAAAGGUAUUACUGAGGAAAUGUCACAACGAGGUGCAGCGGAUGUUUUCAAGUGGUGGAUGUUCAUGGCGACUGAUGUGAUUGGAGAACUUAGCUUUGGCGAAUCCUUCAAGAUGCUGGAGUCUGGCAAGUCGCAGAAAAACCAAUAUAUUCUGGAUAUCGAAACAAAUGGGCUCGCCGGAGGCAUUCGAGGCACCUUCCCAUUUAUAGUGAAGGUAUCCAAUGUGAUUCCAAUACCUGUUUUCAAGGCAGCAGCUGCAUCUGCAAAGCGGCUACGACAAUACGGGGAACAGUCGAUUGAGCGAUCGAAAAGAGUGGCUGCAGAGACAGAAUCUCAUCCAAUGCUUCUUAAGAAACUUUUUCGCAGCGAUGAAAACGGGCUGUCUGAUAAGGACGUUGUAGACAACGCAAUGUCGUUCAUCAUCGCCGGCAGCGAUACGACAGCCAACACUAUGACGUACCUGACGUGGGCUGUUUGUAAACAUCCUCAAGUGAGAGAUGCAUUAGUGGAGGAGCUCCGUUCUCUUCCGCCAGACUUCACUGACCAAGAUCUCCGUGGCUUGACGUGCCUGAACAACAUUAUCAAAGAAACUUUGCGAUUAUACUGCGCUGCGCCGUCCGCCUUGCCCCGUAUAGUGCCAGCAGAGGGCGUUGAGUUUCUUGGUCAUAGAUUGCCAGGAGGAACUACUGUAUCCACCCAGGCCUACACCUUGCAUCGCAAACCGGAAAUUUUUCCGAAUCCAGAAUCCUUCGAGCCUCGCAGAUGGACGAAUCCUUCGAAGGAAAUGAAAGAUGCUUUUAUGGCUUUCGGUGGUGGAUCACGAGUCUGCUUAGGACAGCACCUUGCUGAAAUAGAGCUUCGCCUAUCCACUGCAAUUUUCUUCCGCGCAUCUCCUUAUGCGAAAGUAUCCACGCUUGAUGGUAUGAAUGAUGGAGAUAUGGACCCUCACAUAUUCUUCCUAUUGUCACCCAAAGGUAAGAGAUGCUUGAUCUCCAGAGAUUGAAUUUGAAAGCUAUCCUAUAAAUCAGUAAUCUUAGCGAUUAUUCAAUUGUUAUGACCCAGGUCAAAUCGUGACUAGAGGGACCUUAGGUUCAGAAGGAAAUCACCCGUUCCAAAGAUACCUUCAAAAAAGCCCUUGGUCAGCAACAAUAUGACGUCCCACCAGUUACCAUCGUUCCAGCGCUGGGACUUGAUAGGAAGAAUGGGAUGGUAAACCACGAAGAACUAUAUAUUAGCCCAGCUGUGCCCCAACUUCUACAAGCUUUCCCGAUGUUACUCCGAAGUACCCG